AUGCCGCCGCGCAAGGGGAAAGUGAAGGAAGAGCAGCCUGUUGUUACACUUGGACCGCAAGUACGAGAGGGCGAAAUUGUGUUUGGUGUUGCGCAUAUUUUUGCAUCAUUCAAUGAUACGUUCGUUCAUGUCACUGAUUUAUCUGGUCGUGAAACUAUUGUACGAGUAACUGGUGGUAUGAAGGUGAAAGCGGAUCGUGAUGAGGCUUCGCCAUACGCUGCUAUGCUAGCUGCUCAAGAUGUUGCAGAGCGUUGCAAAGCUUUGUCAAUUAAUGCAUUGCAUAUAAAGUUACGUGCCACUGGUGGGACAAAAACAAAGACUCCGGGACCAGGAGCACAGUCAGCUCUUCGUGCCUUGGCUCGUUCUGGCAUAAAAAUUGGACGAAUUGAAGAUGUUACACCCAUUCCAACGGAUUGUACUAGACGGAAGGGUGGUCGUCGUGGUCGACGUUUGUAA